GCCUGCCAAGCAGCUCCGCACUUGCAGCUGUAGGCGCAUCUGGGGGGCGCGUGCGCCAUGACAGCCCGUGCCCGGGCACUGCCGCCACCUCCUCCCGUCUCCGAUGCCUAUUUUAGUCCUAGCUGCGGCCGGGAGCAGGGGCUGGGGCCGAAGGCAAGGGGCUGAGCAGAGUAGAGUGGCUGGCGACCGUCACCUGCAGGCCCCCCGGGAGUCGCCCCCCCAGCGACGAGCCUUGCGCUCCAAAUACUGGGAGCGCUUGAUUCGCUUGCUCUGGGAGAAACUUUGGCCCGUGUGAGCUCGGUUGGUUGUCCGUGUCGGGGAGCGAAAGGGUCCAGGAAAACUGAAGGUCGAGGGGGAACAGUAGCAAUUUCAUCCUCCAGGAGUCACAGAAUUUCAGAGUUGAAAGGAACAUCAGAAGCAGCUAUUUGGGCUUGCCUCCGGAAGAAACAAGGAAUUUUCACAAUGAAUCAUACAGAUCCCAGUUCAUUGAAUGAAUUCACAACAAUUGGUUUUACAUCUGAAUUUGAAAACCUCAUGCCUGUGCCCUCCAAUGAAACUACUUGUGAAAACUGGAGAGAGAUACAUCAUCUGGUUUUCCAUGUAGCAAAUAUCUGUUUUGCAGUUGCCCUGCUUAUUCCAACUACUUUGACUCUUCAUAUGAUAUUUCUUAGAGGGUUGUUAACUACAGGAUGUGUCCUUUUUAUUGUCUGGGCUACACUCUAUCGCUGUGCCUUGGAUAUAAUGAUUUGGAAUUCCGCAUUCCUGAUUAUCAACCUGUUGCAUUUUCUGUACCUGCUAUACAAAAAGAGACCGAUAAAGAUUGAAAAGGAGCUCACGGGUGUAUACCGGCGAAUGUUUGAACCACUACGUGUACCUCCAGAAUUGUUCAAAAGAUUAACUGGACAGUUUUGCAAUAUUCAGACCCUUAAAAAGGGCCAGACCUAUGCUGCAGAGGAUAAAACAUCUGUGGAUGACCGCCUGAGUAUCUUAUUGAAGGGAAAAAUGAAGGUCUCCUAUCGAGGACAUUUUCUGCAUAAUAUUUACCCCUGUGCCUUUAUAGAUUCCCCUGAAUUUCGAUCAACUCAGAUGAACCGAGGUGAAAAAUUUCAGGUCACCAUUGUUGCAGAUGACACCUGUAGAUUCUUGUGUUGGUCAAGAGAGAGAUUAACUUUUUUUCUGGAAUCAGAACCAUUCCUUUAUGAAAUAUUUAGAUACCUUAUUGGGAAGGAUAUCACAAAUAAGUUAUACUCCCUGAAUGAUCCCACAUUAAAUGAUAAGAACGCCAAAAGGUUGGAACGCAAGCCCAGUCUUUGCUCACAGAUUUCAGUGAUGCAAAUGAGAAACAGUAUGGCUAGUUCAAGUGACAGUGAAGAUGGCUUGCAACAUUUCCUCCGGGGGACUUCCACUGCAUCCUCUAUUCGUAUACCCUCCCCAUACAUGAAGGCCUCUGAAAAAAUGAAGCCCAUCGAAGAAGCUGUUGAAGAUGAUGUCUUUGAGCCAGAAUCUCCAGUUAAAAGUAAAGUUCGUUGAUUGUACCCAAGCAUACAAAGGUUUCAAGAUUAAGGAGACUUUGUGGCUCUGGUCAAUUAAAAAAGUCUUCUUGAAGAGAUCCCGAAAGCUACCAGCACUUUUCUUUUUUUUAUUUUCAAAUUGAACCGCCGUGAUAAAUCCAGAUUGUUGAAAUUUGGCAGUCAAUGAUUAUGAUAAGGUUUUUUUAAAAACUGGUUUUCUUUUUUGCCGUUCAAUUUUUUAUAGUUCAUUUUACUAUGUGUCUUGAUUGAGCAGAGUUCUAUUUCGACCUACAAAUAGUUCAUAUCUUCUAAACAUUUUAUAACUUAGCCAACAUUCUUAUUAAUUGGUAUAGAAUUUCCCAUCAUUUAUUUUAAUAGCUUACAUUCACAUAGUGCUUUGUGGUUAUGACACCCUUAACAUGUAUCACCUCAUCUGAUUCUCACAACGUCCCUGUGAGGUAGGUCGUGCAAACACACAUUACGUUCUCUAUUUUACAGAGAAAGAUACUGAGGCUCAGAGAAAGUUGAAAGUUGUUGAAAGUCACACAUCUAGUCGUUGGUGGAGUCUACAUUUGAACUCUGACUCCUACAGUACUCUGAUAUAUUUUAUGAAACAGCCACCACUAGUAAGGAACAAACAGGGCUUUGCCCCAGGGCACUAAAAUUGCAGUGGGGGCAUAUUUUUCCCUCUAAAAGUGACCAACAUCCACAUAUGUCUUGCCUUCUGGUCCUUUGCCAGGAUGUGUCACCACAUGACACAGACAUCAUUCCCAUGAUCCUCUUGCCUUGGCUCCAGCACAAGGUUUUUGUUGCUAUUUUGUCAUAAACAAUAAUCAAUUCACCCUCAUGAAGCACAGCUAUAGAGGUAACAAUCCUUUUCAAUUAUUCAAAAGACAAUUUCAAUCAUAUUAAAUCAUUGUAAAAUUCAUUUUAAGUAGCAUUGAAAAGCAGGCAAACUUGCUUGGGUUGUCUGCAAGGCUACUGGAUUUCUUAUUUUCUUAGACAGAAUUGACUGGCAAUUCAGGAGAAAUGAUUCGUUUGGUUGUUGUGGGUUACUGUUUUCUCCAUAGUCCUCCCUAGAAUAACUUACUGUUUCCAUUUCUAAAUGCACUACUUCGGCAGCCUCAUAAGAACAAAGCUCAUCACACUCACCAUUUGAUCUCGUUAGCAUUAUGCUUAUAAAACGGCUGUCAAUCCCAGAGUAAAGUAAUGCUGAAUCUGUUUUCAGUCAUUAAUCAAUUAUCUACUCUCUUCUGACUUUUCAUCUAAUUUUUCUCUUCUUCCUCUCCACCCCCCAUCCCAUCCCAGGCCUGGUAUCAGUAUGCUUUUGCAAACUGAGUUAGGAUAGCUGAAGAAGCAGAGGGAGCCAUUGUUGUUGAGGGUAAGGGGAUGGUGCUGCAGGAAUGCCAGACCACCAGGAUUAACCUCAUUUUAUUCUAUUUUCUGAAUUCUCAUCCUGGUGCUCCCUUACCACACCUUUCUUUAAUGAAUAGGCCAUGUAUCCAAAAUUUGAGCCCCAAGCUUGUUCUCAGACAGAAUAAACAAACUAAAGGGCAUUUUAGAUGCAUAAUCAUGACAAUGCAAAAAUGCAAUGAGGGCUUCAAAGAAUGUGAUUUUGAAUCAAAUUUCCACCUGUUAAUUGGAAUUGUGGCUAUGCAAAUAGUGGCAUUUAAGUAGCAGGGGUACCGUGUGACUUGGGUAAGAUUGAAUGAUGGGCUAGUGGCCAUCAGGAUAGUUUGAGCAGACCAAUCAUGAUGAGUUAUACAAACUGGUAAUGUCCCAUGUCCAUUUAUCUCACAUACAUAGAUACAGGUUGACGUAGUUCUUUAUUGCACACACGCACACGCACACACACACACACACAAACACACACAUAUACACAUCCAUAUAUAUGUGUGUGUAGACAUACACACAUGUCUAUAUAUCUAGGGGUGUGUGUGCAUAUAGAUAUACUUAUUCCAUCUAACCUAAACUCCCAAGUCAAUUACUUUAGUAAUUCAAUUUUGAGCAAAUUCUCACUGACUCAUUCAUGCCACAUGAUGGCAUUCUGUUUGCAUAGAUGACAUGCAAAUUAUGCAUUUUAGACGUGUAUUGGCAAAGGCGGUAUAAUAGAAAAGGCAAUCUAGUUGGCUGGUGAUUUUCAGUUUUCAGAAAGUAGGCAGGAAAGUUUGGGUUACUUUUUCUUCAAAUGUAUGUAUGUCACAAUUCUUGUAUUUAGUAUCUAAGAUUUAGCAUAAAUAAUUGCUUCAGAAUGUGUUCACUUAAAGUAUAUGUCUACUAUUGUUUCUUUUUUAUUAAUAUCACUUUCCUUCUCAUUCACCCCCCAGCACACACACACGAUAUAAUCUUCCCUUAUGACAAUGAGAUACAGUUAAAAUCUACAAGAACCAGAGCAUCAUUUGAUACACUUUUUAUACUUUUAUUUCAAAAUAAAAAUUUUCAUCCUACAUUUA